AGCCAUUUUGGCUCAAGCCGCGUGCGGGCCCACUGGCCCAAACGAGCUUAGGCAUCAUGGCGCGGGCGGAGUUGCCCCCGGGUGGCGAUUCCGGUGCUGGAGCACCGUCGCGGCGAUCCAGGGCUGCGCGGACAGCGGCACGGCGGCGCGCACUGGAGUCCGUCGACGCGGGCUUCUCGGCGGCCGAGGCCGAGCUGCAGAUGAAGGAGGCCGGGCUGCGAGAGAUGGCAGCGGCGCUUGAGCUCGUCGUUGGGGAUUCUGUGACGGCUGACCGUGUUCGGGCCUUGCUGCCAGCGCUCAGCGCGCUGGUCCGCGGCGAGACGCCCGACUGGCUGGCUGUUCUUCGGCGGAACGUCGCGCUCCACGCGGAGGCGCCCGCGGUCGCCUCCAUUGCAUCGGCGGGCCCCGCUGCGCUUCGCAAGGCGCAGAAAGGCCCUCGGCUGGGCCAUGGGAGGGGCCGCCGCUGCGCCCCGCAGCCUGGGGCACGGAAGCCGCUGCGCUCGACCGCCCAGCCCUUCUGCCCCGCUGCUGUGGCCGACCCCGUCGGCCUGCUGCUGGGCGCUCUGGGGGUGCUGGAGGAGGAGCCCGUCGAGGAGGUCGGCAACGGCACCGGGAACAUCGCGGAGGUGCAUUUCGCCACCAUCGAGGGCCAGUGCGAGGGGGCCGAGACGGUCCCGCAGACGCCGCUGGCAGGCGGGAUGGCGGGGCCAGAGCCGCUGGAUGUCAAGGACAAGGUCGCCGCGCUGGAGGGCCUCCUCCUUGGCGCCACGGAACGGCUGAACACGGUCGCGCUCGCGAUCGCCACCGCGCAGUACGACGGCACAGAGGUGGAUCAGGCGAUGCACGACGGGCUCGCUGCUUCCGCCGACCACCUCGUCCUUCUCGGGGGUCAGCUGGCCGCCGCCACUGAGGAGGCCAAGGCGGUCUUCGAGGGCGGCGACCACUGCGUUGGGCAGGUGCCGAUGGCCGAGUACGACCCUGGCGUCGAGCACGACAUCGUCGGCGAGCUCUUCCUCGAGGAGGGCUCCGAGGCCGACGAGGAGGCCGAGCACGGCCCCGCCUUCGUCCUGGAGGCGAACGCCUGGGGCGCAGGUUGGCGAAAGUUCUUUGCACAACGGGAAGAAUUGAUGGGAAAACAUUACUCGCUCAACAGCAGGAUGCGGCUCUUUCACGGAACAGUUACGCCCACGGUGUUAUAUGGCUGUGAGGCCUGGACAAUGACAGCGACUAUGGAGAACCGGCUGCGCAGGGUACAGAGGCAAAUGUUACGCAUGAUUUUGCAGAUGCCGCGACGGCGUCACGCAGCAGGUGGCCACCGCGACGGACUGCCGCAAUCCAGUGACAAUUCGGCGGCAUCGACCGACGACGAGCAGAUCCCAGACCACCCGGUACACGAGUGCGACGACGACGGAUUGGAACCUUGGGCAGACUGGAUUCGCAGAGCCACAAAGAAAGCGGAAGAAGUUCUUACACGAUUGAAGGUGGCUGAUUGGGUAUCAAUUCAACGACAACGAAAAUGGAAAUGGGCUCAGAAAGUGCUUCUCCUCUCAGACAACAGCAGUUGGAUGGUACAGGCGCUGCUGUGGGAUCCGGAAGCAGAUCUCGAUUGUGAUGCUCGCCGACACGCGGGACGCCCGAAGAAGCGAUGGUCCGAUGAUCUGCGACAGUCGGUUCUAUCUGAACCACGCUAUGCUGAACAGGAGUGGUCUGAUGUCGCCAGAACAGACGUUUGGCGAACACUUGAAGGCACAUUUGUCAACAGAUAAUGUGAAGCUGGUUUCACAAUGCCGUUCGGAUUUUCUCGCUCGCGUUCCUCCGUCGUCCCUCUUGUCGCUCGUCCCUCCUUCCCUCCCUCCCUCGGCCUCGCCUCUCGUCCUCGCUUGUCGUGCGUGCCUCUCUCCCUUCGUGCGUCCUUUUCCCUCCCCAACUGCAUCGCGCAGAGAGAUUGCCGCCGCGUACUUUUCACAUGCGCACUUUUCACAUCAUGGCGCCACGGCGCCCGCCUGCAGCGCCCCCGCCGGCGUGCACUUCGCAGGUCCGAAUCCGAGUCCGAGUCCGAGUAUUAGUUUGCGCAUUAGGGAUCUGUCCCAACGCUGCUUGCAUUUAGGGGUUCGCACAUGUGUUCUAAGGUAACUGGGCCCCAGUGACGAAUGCGCGCAGCGCUAGUGUCAACGCCAUUGCCAGUUUGCUUGUUGGACAUGCGUAAGGCAACCGUGC